AUGCUAGCAGGCUUAACGCUUUAUUUCGUACUAUUCCGUUCAAUACAGUACCUGUUGGUGUUUUUGACUCCAGUUAGGCAGUUCGAUACAUCAACAGCUCCUUUAUUGAAUGAACUAUGUUCUUCUCCCACUGAAAUUAAUAGCUAUUGGAACAAAUACUUUUGGAAUAAACUGCUAGCAUGGGAUGCUGUUUUUUUCAUCAAGAAUAUGACUUCCAGAAAUGGGAAGCCUCAAUUUGAACAUGAAUACGCGUUUUCUCAGCUGUGGUCUUCCCUCGUAAGAUGGGUCACCAAAAGCAAUAGUGAAAACAUUUACCAUGUCUUGAAAGUUGCUGUUGCGAUGGAAAAUGUUCUGUUUUACUUAUCAGGGAUUGUCUUAUAUUUUUUAACCAAGAAAACCUUCAGCCAUAGUAAAAAACAGUCACAGUUCUCCGAAAGUAUCGCUAGAAAGACAUCGCUGUUAUUUUUCUUGACUAGUGCUGCUGGAUUUUUAACAAGCAUCUAUUCUGAACCAUUGUCGUUUUUCUUAGCAUUUAUUGGUAUUUUGAGUCGUGAAAGCUCCAUUUCUAUACCUGUCUCAGGCCAAUUCGAUUGUCCAUGGAGGUAUUGGUUUUCCUAUUCUUUUAUCAGUAUGAUUUGUUUCACUUUAGCAUCGCUGAAUCGUUCAAACUGUAUUUUGCUUGGAAUUUAUUUUGUUUUUGACCUUAUUGAACUAACGAAGAACAGAAGACUAGUAAAGGCGAUUUGCUUCCCUUUAUUAUCGGGAUUGCUGAUGCUUUCUGCGCUAAUAUAUCAGCAAUAUUAUCUACCGUAUAGGACCUUUUGUCCCCAAAGAGGCGAGUGGUGUAAAUCUCAAUUAUUUCCAAACCUUUUCAUCACAACGACUUCUCUAUAUUCCUACAUUCAGGGCCAUUAUUGGGAAGUUGGAUUUCUGAAGUACUGGACCCUGAAUAAUCUUCCAAAUUUUUUGUUGGCUGUACCGAAUAUUAUUAUUCUAGUCUAUUCCUCCAUGUACUUUAGCAAAAUAUAUCCAUCCUAUAAUUUGAAGCCUUUGGUGUGGAUUACCAGAGUAUUGGUCGUAACAGUAUGCAUUUUUGCCCACGUCCAAAUUUUGAAUCGUAUAGCCUCAUUUAUACCAUUGCACCUUUGGUAUUUGGCGGAUAGAUUAGUCAAAACUUCGGAUCCAAAACAAAUGGAAAAUCCAAAGGGUGACGAUAAGAUAGUCAAAUUUUACAUAUACUGGUUAGCAUUUUGGAUACCUUUGCAAACAGUACUAUUUGCAGCCUUUUUACCACCUGCCUGA